AUGGGUGCGAGGGCAUGGGCCGAGGCAGCAGGGGGGGCCGUAGCAGCAGCUGCGGCAGCGGCAGCUGGGGGCCGACUCUUGGGGACAGACCCGCUGCCGCUGCUGCGGGACGUGCCGGGGGGCGACAAGCAGGCCCUGUUUGUGCGCAAGCUCCACCUCUGCGCCUUCUCCUUUGACUUCUCCGACCCCACGGCGCACGUGCGGGAAAAAGAAGUCAAGCGCCAGACGCUACUAGAGCUGGUGGACUAUGUGAACAGCGGCAGCGGCAAGUUCACAGAGACGGUAUCCAACGACAUCAUGUUCAUGCUCACCUCCAACCUCUUCCGCGCCCUGCACCCGCUCAAGGCGCACGAUGCCGAGUCUUUUGACCUGGAUGAGGAGGAGCCCAACCUGGAGCCCGCCUGGCCGCACCUGCAGAUAGUGUACGAGUUCCUGCUGCGCUACGUCGUCUCCUCCGACACCGACGCCAAGGUGGCCAAGCGGCACAUCGACCAGAACUUUGUGGUGCACCUGCUGGACCUGUUCGACUCGGAGGACCCUCGGGAGCGGGACUACCUCAAAACCAUCCUGCACCGCAUCUACGGCAAGUUCAUGGUGCACCGCCCCUUCAUCCGCAAGGCCAUCAAUUUCGUCUUCUACCGAUUCGUGUUUGAGACGGAGCACCACAACGGCAUCGCGGAGCUGCUGGAGAUCCUGGGGUCCAUCAUCAACGGCUUUGCGCUGCCGCUCAAGGAGGAGCACAAGCAGUUCCUGCAGCGCGCCCUCAUGCCCCUGCACAAGCCCAAGUGCCUCCCCGCCUACCACCAGCAGCUCUCCUACUGCGUCACGCAGUUUGUGGAGAAGGACCCUCGCCUGGCGGACGCCGUCAUCCGCUCGCUGCUCAAGUUCUGGCCGCUGACCAACAGCCACAAGGAGGUGCUGUUCCUGGGGGAGCUGGAGGAGGUGCUGGAGCUGACGCAGGCGGAGGAGUUUGCGCGGGUGCAGGAGCCGCUGUUCCGCCAGGUGUCCCGCUGCCUCACCAGCAGCCACUUCCAGGUGGCCGAGCGCAGCCUGUUCCUGUGGAACAACGAGUACAUUGUGCAGCUGGUGGCGCAGCACCGCGAGACGGUGCUGCCGCUGGUGAUCGGCGCGCUGGAGCACAACGCCAAGCACCACUGGAACCCGGCGGUUCACAGCCUGACGCUGAAUGUGCGGAAGAUGUUCCAGGAGAUUGAUGGGCAGCUGUAUGAGCGGUGCCGGCAGCAGUGCGAGGAGGCGGAGCAGCAGCGUGAGGCGGAGCAGCACCGGCGGCGGCAGCAGUGGGAGGCGGUGGAGGCGGCGGCGGCGGCGGCGGCCUCGGCCGGCGGCGCCGGCGGCGGCAUGCUGCCGCGGCGGUAGUGCCCGCGCGCCCUGCACGCCCGCGCAGGCCCGCCUGGCGGCCUGGCCUGGCCGUGGCCUGGCAGCGGCCGC